CGAGUAUCAUCGGCAUCGAUGAAGAUCAUCUACUCCAACUUCAUCCUCGCCCUCUAACAUCGAACUAUUUAACGGCGCUGCUGGCUUCGGCUCCACCAGUGCAGUUUUGGGUGAAGUCAGAUCUCCUGUGUGUUUGUUCGCCAUUACAGCCUGUAUCGUGUUCAUUGUUGCGGUGCGUUCGACGCCGUACUCUGCGCCGUUUAUUUUCCAGUGUUGCGUACCGCGGAUUGUCCUUUACAUCGAAUCUAUCGAUAGCUGUGAGCGCGUUCUGUGAAUCGCCAAAUUGAGCUGCCAUGAGGCAGCUUUUUGUUGCCAGUGUAGCUCUCCUGGUCGUUCAGGAGGCUCUCAGCUAUGGUACUGUGAGAAGACGACAGAAACAACCUUAUCUACCUCCUCCACCUCCCCCUCAGGACAGGAUUAGCACACAGUAUUACCCUGCAUCGCACAACUGCUCUUCGUUGCAGAAUUUUCGUUCGACAGAUGUCCACCACAUUCUCCAUGAUGCACAGCAUUCGGCUAGGGAGCAGGCACACUCGCACGUUACACAUCAUGUCGCGCCCGUUGUCCGCACUCACGUUCACCACCAUCCCCCAAUUGAAGUUCUGCGGACGACGAAAACCAUCUAUCAGCCACCGGACAUUGUGCAUCGCACAGUCGACUACGAACACCAUGACCACGUUACUACCCAUUAUCCGGGAUCAACGCAGGCCCAUACUCAUACAGACUACUACCCGGCAAAGACAGCGCGAACUCAUACGCAAUCGGUCGACGAUAAAGUUUCGACAAAUCGCAAAGCAACAGAAGCUUUUUACGACGAUACCCGAUAUGAUCACCACCAUCAUCACGACACCCAAGCUCACUUUGGUCGGGUGCCCACGGGAAAUGCUAUCGUCACCUCGUACUUUAACUUCCCUGGAUCAGGACGAUCAGACAACGCCUUCCAAGCGCCAGCACCUCCGGGCAAAAUAGACUACCGGCCCGCGCGUGCUUAUAACACGCCAGCUUAUUCUCCACUUCAGGCGCAAUCGAUUGAAGAUGGCGACGAUGAUGACGUCCCUCAACCAGCUCCAACAGUCAAACAGAAACCUCACCUGCCUGUUUAUGAAAGAAUCAGCUCUUCAGUACACAGCCGAACAACGCACGUGCCCUACUAUACUGGCAAAGUACCCGAAACCAAAAGCCCUACGAAGGUGUUCCCACUACCACCUUCUACGCGACCGUCUGACAGCGUCAUUCCGCCAAGAUACCCGAUGGCAUCCUUUAUAAGCGCAAACCGUAGGCGACCUGAACCCCUGCAGCUUAAUGAAAAAGAAAUUGAACUUCGUGAGAAAAGUCGUGAGUCCAAAGAAGAGAACGACGACAAAAAUGGAAGUGCGAUAAAGAAAAAUCCGCCUCUUUAUAAACCGUCACCUAUUCCGAGGUCAUUUCCUUUUCCUGAGCCUGCUCGGCAACAUGUCCAAGACACUGGAACGCAAACCAAUCCGCAUCCACAAAACUUAAAUCAGCAGACUGAACGAGACCCAAAUAAGCUUCCUCAAAACUUAAAUCAUACUGAGGAGGACUUACUUAGGCCUACUACCGAUCUAUUCAAUAAGCACAUACCAGGGAAGGAAUUCAACAGCUCGGAACAAGACUUGAAGUCCGCGACCCAAGAGCGUUCAAACUUCGUCAGCCCUUCGCGGUAUUCGCUUGAGCAGGUCCCAACCGCAUCACUGAGAUACCACAAUUUCUAAAGAGCGCACCUCUGUUUCCUCAAAUAAGGACCUCCUCAAAACAUAUGAACAGCGGUAGCAUUGAAUAAUCGUAGGUGAUAUUAAGGCGUCAUCACAAUGGGGCGAAAGGAACCAAACAACGGCACCGUUAACCGUAAUAAUUCCUAAGUCGGUUGAUUAUUAUUCUUAUCAAUUCGUUCCUGCAUGAAAAUUAAUGAUAACAGAAAAAUAAAGGUAACUUUAAGGCAUGC